AUGUUACUAUACUGACAUUUGUUUUUAAAAAGCUGUCGAUAUUCAACCAGCAUGCAUUGGACUUUAUUGUGGAAAGACUCUGUUAUUUAAAAAUGGUUCAACUGAAAUAUAUGGAGAAUGUGGGGUAUGCCCAAGGGGACAGAGAACAAAUGCACAGAAAUAUUGCCAGCCUUGCACAGAGUCUCCAGAACUUUAUGAUUGGCUAUAUCUUGGAUUUAUGGCUAUGCUUCCUCUUGUUUUGCAUUGGUUCUUCAUUGAAUGGUACUCAGGGAAAAAGAGUUCCAGUGCGCUUUUCCAACAUAUCACUGCGUUAUUUGAAUGCAGCAUGGCAGCUAUUAUCACCUUACUUGUGAGUGAUCCAGUCGGUGUUCUUCAUAUCCGUUCCUGCCGGGUAUUGAUGCUUUCUGAUUGGUACACAAUGCUUUACAACCCAAGUCCAGAUUAUAUUACUACAGUGCACUGUACUCAUGAAGCGGUCUACCCACUGUACACCAUUGUAUUCAUCUAUUAUGCAUUUUGCCUGGUAUUAAUGAUGCUGCUCCGACCUCUUCUCGUAAAGAAGAUUGCCUGUGGGUUAGGGAAGUCUGACCGAUUUAAAAGCAUUUAUGCUGCACUUUAUUUCUUCCCAAUUCUAACUGUGCUUCAAGCAGUUGGUGGAGGCCUUUUAUAUUAUGCCUUUCCAUACAUGAUACUGGUAUUAUCCUUGGUCACUCUGGCUGUGUACAUGUCAGCUUCAGAAAUAGAGAACUGCUAUGAUCUACUGGUGAGAAAGAAAAGACUUAUUGUCCUCUUCAGCCACUGGUUACUCCAUGCUUAUGGGAUAAUCUCCAUUUCCAGAGUGGAUAAACUAGAGCAAGAUUUACCUCUUUUGGCAUUGGUACCUACACCAGCUCUGUUUUACUUGUUCACUGCAAAAUUUACCGAACCUUCACGGAUACUCUCAGAAGGAGCCAAUGGGCACUGACUGUAGAAUGCCAAAAAAAAUCUAAGUAUUCUUAGUGAAAAAGUAAAGAAAUAAAAAAUGUGUCAGUGUUCUCUGCCACACUUGGGAACAAGAUUGUUAACAUAUCCUAAUGUUUGUUUGUUUGUUUGUUUGUUUUGAUUUAACAGACUUUAUGGUUAGACUUGCAGAAGUCUAACAAAAUUUACCAUAAUACUCUGUUACA